AUGUCAGACGCCGAGAUACGUGAAGCGGGGGCUCCAUUCGAUGCUCCAGAUGCAGACAUCAUCCUGCGAUCGGCCGAUGGAGUGCAUUUCAAGUUCCACAAGCAGUAUCUGACACGAGCGUUGUACGGCUUCGAACACAUCCUGGGUACAGGAGAGCUUAAUGGCAUAGGUGCCGCAGAGGAGAGACAAAACGGCCUAACCGUGAUACCACUUCCCGAGUCGACUCCCGUCCUCGACCUCUUUCUUCGCGUGCUCUUCCCCGUCGAACUCGGAUGUCCCGUUAUAGGCGACCAUCUCGGUCACAUGCCCGGCGUCUGCAAGGCGCUUAGCAAAUAUUGCGUGAGAAACAUGCCAGCCGGCGUACGCGAUGGCCUGUUGCUCGCUUCCGUCCAGAAGCCGGAGCUCGUCUACGCCAUUACAUGUCCAUACGACUCGCUCUCAAACGUUACCAAGGUCGCUGCGAAACAUACGCUGCGGGACGCGCGUCGCCUGGAUGACCUCCCUGCUGAGGUCGUUGCCGAGAUCAGCGGACUCCAGUACCAUGCCUUGACCCAAUAUCAGAUCGCCUGUCGCACGGCUGCCAUAGCGGCAUGCGACUUUCGCAAAAUACGCUGCUUUGCGAACGAGACCCCCGGUCUCUCUCCCACUGAGGACGAUCCGCCUAAGCAAUGCAACUGCUACACCUACCACCACACCGUGGUUCUCCGCCGUUUCUAUGGUCCACCCGACGAUUCAGACUUCAACGAAGAGACCUGUGAAUUACCUGGCUGGCUUGUCGAAUACUGUAACGAUGUAGCGGGGGAGAUACGAACGGGAAGGAAGAUAUGCGGGAACGUAGCUUUGAACGAUAAGCCGCUCGCUACUGCGAUCCGUGCUUGCAAGUCCUGUCCUGCGUGUGGCACUGACGUGGGCACAUUCUUUCGAUUCGCCCACUUUCUUGCCGAGUGGAUCGAUCAAGACAUCUCAGAAGUUGAACUUGAAUCCAAUACACUUGCGAGUUGA